AUGGAUGAUAGAGUAAGAUUAAAAGUGUAUUAUGAUGGCCAUAUUUUAUUACAAAUAUCAGAAGGAGUGAAAUUUGUAUGUGAUAAUCCGUUAGAUGUUAUUAUUCCAUUCACACUGUCAUUUGAAGAAUUAAAAGGGGUCAUAUGUGAGAAGAUGGAUUUUGAAAUAUCUAGGAGAGUGUCGUGUAUUCUGUAUAGAUAUCCUAUAUCUGUCUUUGGUGUGUUCGUGCAAUUUCAAACGAAAUACGUGACCGACGAAGCGAGCAUGCAAGAAAUGUUUUCAGUGUAUCUUGAAAGUCAGUCGCAAAUGACGUUUAUCGAAUUUGAUAGUGAAGAAGAGUUCGAAAGUAACUACGAGGUCGUUGAUCCGGGUGGAAACGAAGAUCAAGCUGACAAGGCUAUGGUGGCAAAUGUAGCAGAUGUGGCAAAUGCACUAGCAAAUCAGCAGCCGUUUGUGGAGCCGAGUUUCAUGCGGUCGUUGGAUUUGGAUGUCAUGCAUGCACCGGAGUAUCCUCAAUAUGUAAAUGCAGUAAAGUUUCCCCUUAUGCCGGAUGGUGAAUUUACUGUGGGGAUGGAAUUCAGUUCUAGGGAGGCAGUAAUUAAGGAGAUGAAAGAUUAUACAAUCCGCAGAGGUGUAGAUUAUCGGGUGCAUGAGUCAGAACCGACGACAUUCUAUGCUAAAUGCACCCAGUAUGGUGCAGGAUGUGAUUGGCUGAUCACGGUGAGCAAAAUGUCCAGAAAGUUCUGUUGGGAGAUAAGGAGGUACAACGGUAGUCACACCUGUACUAGGGCCACCAUUUCUCAAGAUCAUUCGAAGCUGGAUUCCAACACAGUUGCAGAAGCAAUAAAGCCGUUGGUAGAAGUUGACCCGUCUAUUAGGGUGAAAUCAGUGAUUGCGGAAGUACAGUCAAAGUUUAACUACACCAUUAGUUAUCGCAAAGCAUGGUUAGCUAAACAGAAGGCAGUGGAGUCAAUUUUCGGAGGGUGGGAAGCUUCGUACGAAACCUUGCCGAUAUGGUUUGAGGCCAUGUGUCACAAGGAGCCAUCCGCAGUUGUUCAUUUUGAAACAAUGCCUGCGUACCAGGGAGAUGACUUGGUUCCUAAUAUUCGUGUGCUAAACCGAGUCUUCUGGAGUUAUUACCCUUUCUCACAGGAUGGCAACAACAACAUCGUGCCGAUUGCAUUUGCCAUAGUUGAGGGAGAGACAUCUGAGGCUUAG